AUUUGUGUAGCAGUCUGUCUUACUGCUGUAGUCUGCAGACGGACAGACAGACAGACAGGCAGUCGGCGGGGCCGAACCGGUGGAAGUAUCCCAGCAGCCAGAGCCCUGGGGCGGCCGGUGGGAGGAGGCAGAGAGUCCGCAGCUGCCGCACCGCACAGCCUCUUUGACAGCCGCAAGAGGAAGGAACCACCCGCACCGACCCAUGUCUACGGAGCUGUCUGAAGGCCGGGACCUGGACGGGUUAGGAGAGCAGGCAACAGACGGACAGACCAGACUGACGGACAUCUGCAGCGGCACAGCGGGCAGCAGCAUGGCGUCCGUAGCAGAGUACUACGCUGGCAAGAACGUGCUGAUCACAGGAGCCACGGGCUUCAUGGGAAAAGUGCUGGUAGAGAAGCUGCUGAGGUCCUGCCCAGAGGUCAAAGCCCUCUACCUCCUGGUCAGACCCAAAGCCGGGCAGUCCAUGCAGCAGAGGGUCAGCGACAUGAUGAAGUGCAAGCUUUUCGACCGAGUGCGGGAGGACAACCCGGACUUCCACCAGAAGAUCAUCCCCAUCAGCAGCGAGCUGAUGCAGCCGGGCCUCGCCAUCAGCCCGGAGGACGUGGAGAAACUCACCGCCUGCAUCAACAUCGUCUUCCACUGCGCCGCCACCAUCCGCUUCGACGAGCCGCUCAAACACGCCCUGCAGCUGAAUGUGAUCGCCACACAGCAACUCCUCAGCCUGGCCCAGCAGAUGCAUCACCUCGAGGCCUUCAUUCACAUCUCCACCGCCUAUGCAAACUGCAACCGCAAGCACAUCGAUGAGGUCAUCUAUCCGCCGCCCGUCGAGCCCAAGAAACUCAUCGAAUCUCUCGAGUGGAUGGAUGACGGCAUCGUGCGUGACAUCACACCGCGUCUCAUCGGCAACAGGCCCAACACAUACACCUACACCAAAGCCCUGGCUGAGUACGUGGUGCAGCAAGAGCAAGACAAGCUCAACAUCGGCAUCAUCAGACCCUCCAUAGUGGGAGCCAGCUGGCAGGAGCCUUUCCCCGGUUGGAUCGACAACUUCAACGGGCCAAGCGGAGUCUUUAUAGCUGCUGGCAAGGGGAUCUUGCGCACCAUGAGAGCUAACAAUGAUGCGGUGGCUGACCUGAUCCCUGUGGACGUGGUCAUCAACCUCACCUUGGCUGCUGGCUGGUACACGGCUGUACACAGAAGGAAAACUGAAAAACAGAAAAAUAAAAGACCUAAAGCAGCUCUGGUGUACAACUGCACGACCGGCGGCAUCAACCCGUUCCACUGGGGAGAGAUCGAGCAUCAUGUGAUGUCCUCCUUCAAGAGGAACCCCUUGGAGCAGGCCUUCCGCAGGCCCAAUGCUAACAUCACCUCCAACUACCUGAUCAACCAGUACUGGAUCCUGGUCAGCCACAAGUUCCCUGCCCUCAUCUACGACCUCUUCCUGCGUCUCUCUGGACAGAAGCCGCAGAUGAUGCGUAUCUUUAAUCGCCUUCACAAGGCCAUUGGCCUGCUGGAGUAUUUCAGCAGUCAGGACUGGGAGUGGAACUCUGAGAAUAUGACCAUGCUGAUGAGCCAGCUAACCCCUGAGGACAGGAAGACAUUUAACUUUGAUGUGCGCCAGCUGAACUGGCCAGAGUACAUUGAGAAUUAUUGCAUCGGCACCAAGAAGUACGUCCUGAAUGAAGACAUGUCUGACAUUCCUGCUGCCAGGCAGCAUCUGAGGAAACUGAGGAACAUCCGCUACACCUUCAACACGCUGUUGGUCGUUUUCAUCUGGAGAGUGUUCAUCGCCCGCUCCCAGAUGGCCAGAAACAUCUGGUACUUUGUGGUCAGCCUCUGUUUCAAGUUCCUGUCCUACUUCCGCGCAUCCAGCACCUUAACCAACUGAGUCUUCCUCACCGCUUCAAACCAGAGACAGCAGCCCCUCACCCUCUGCUGUCGGCAGAAAGUAACAUCUGAGACUCUGACCAUCGACGAAGGACACCCCAAAUCCUCCUCUAGUGUGGACAAGCAGGCAGGGGCUGCGCUUGAGUGAAGCACUCGGAACGGGAAAAAAAGAGGUCUACUAGCCAUGAAUUAUUUGUUUAGUUUGGAAAUCUCAUCAGUACUUGCACUGUUCAGUCACCAAACCCCGUCCAAAAAAAAAAGAAAAGUGUUGUCAUUCAUUUUUGUACCCACUGUUUUCUUCUCAAAGUGGCCAAUUAUAUAUGCAACAAUAA